CCGAGUUCAUUUAUGUGCAAGGAGUGAGUGAUUGACUUUAUCAGUCCAAGGACAUCAUUCACUAGUAAGGGGGGUAAAGUUUGAUCCUCUUUCUCGAGGAUCACAGUUACAUGUGUUUCCUCCUCCCGUUACUGAAGGGAAGGAUUCUGCUUGCUGUUUUGUUGUCUAUUUUUUUCCUUUUUCAAAAUUAGCCUGCAAUUCUAUAUAAAUCGUACGAUUUAGAGAUCGCUGUGCUGCAAUUUCGACCAUAGUGUUUGCAAACAAUUUAUUAACUGUUUGUUUAAUUUUUUUACCAUCGCGAGCUUUUUUUAUUUUCUUCCUGAUGACUAUGCUUCUUGACAGCGGUCCACAGUUCUCGGCGCUAGGUGUUGGAGGUUUUGCGCCGAGACACCAUGAGAUGGGGAACAGGGACACUGGGUUGGGACUCAAUCCCUUUGGAGAUUCUUCCCAUUCCGCAGCAUUCAAACUCAGCCCCGUGACUCACGACAUCACCUCCAGUCAGACAUCUGCGUUCACCCCGCAAGCCUCCGGAUACGCAGCUGCCCUCGGACACCACCACGGUGGACAAGUGGGUUCUUACACCAGCGGGGCUUUCAAUUCCACCAGGGACUUUUUGUUAAGAAACCGUGGAGCUGCUAUCGGAGAGUCCGCUACAAGUAGUGCUCAGCAUGGAAUCUUCGGUCCUUCCUCGGGUAGUCUGCACGGACCCCCUGGGCUUUCUGAUAACCCGGGACAUCUCCUAUUUCCUGGGUUGCACGAGCAGACAGCGAGUCACCAUUCCCCUAAUGGACACAUAGUAAAUAGUCAAAUGCAUUUGGGUUUACGCGGGGAUAUUUUUGGAAGACCAGACCCUUACCGACCAGUAGCCAGCCCCCGCACGGACCAUUAUGGCACUGCUCAACUUCACAACUACAAUCACCCGAUCAAUAUGAACAUGGGAAUGAACGUUCCCCCACACCACGGCCCUGGAGCUUUCUUCAGAUACAUGAGGCAACCGAUAAAACAAGAAAUGUCAUGUAAAUGGAUUGACGAGAAUCAGAUGAACCGACCCAAAAAAACAUGCGAUAGGACUUUCAGCACCAUGCACGAACUGGUGACGCAUGUCUCCAUGGAACAUGUUGGCGGUCCAGAACAAAGUCACCACAUUUGCUUUUGGGAGGAUUGUCCCAGGGAAGGGAAAUCUUUUAAAGCCAAAUACAAACUCGUAAAUCACAUCAGAGUGCACACAGGAGAAAAACCAUUCCCCUGCCCUUUCCCCGGUUGUGGAAAAAUAUUUGCCAGGUCGGAAAAUUUGAAAAUACAUAAAAGAACUCAUACAGGUGAAAAACCCUUCAAAUGCGAGUUCGACGGCUGCGACAGGCGCUUUGCAAACAGCAGCGACAGAAAAAAACACAUGCACGUGCACACUUCAGACAAGCCGUAUAUCUGCAAAGUGUGCGACAAGUCCUACACACAUCCAAGCUCUCUCAGGAAACACAUGAAGGUGCAUGAGUCUCAAGGCUCAGAGUCUUCACCAGCUGCAAGUUCUGGGUACGAGUCGUCCACACCGCCAGCUCUGGUGACAACAAACAUAGAAGAAUCCACAAAAACACCGCCGUCAGUUGUGCAAAAUACUGCAUCACAUAACGACGGACUCCCACCCAACUUUAACGAAUGGUACGUUUGAAACUGAGCAAAGCAGACUCUCAAAGUACCACGCGGUUAAGGAAACCUAUUCCACGUGCAUCCUAAGGUUUUGAAAUGAGGUAAUGGAGGAACUAUUUGAGCAGAUGAUAGCAUGUCCACGCGCCACCAGGCCUCGUCCUUUCUCAGGAUUUUGAGAGUGACUUCCGAGUGAGAAGCCGACAGAAACAUAAAUAAUAAAAUAACAGUUUCUACAAAUAAUUAUGGGAUGUCCAUUUUUAGUUUACAGAUAAUUAUUGUAUUUUUUAUUUCACGUAUUUUUUUCCUCAAAGUCUAUUUAAAAUAAAGAAAAAAGGAAGAAUCUUUCACGAUGUGUCAGGGUGAUGCUCGUAUCACCAUUGAAUUGAUUGUUAAAACUUCACACAGUCUUAAUAAACGUGCCAAAGUCUUUGUCUUGAACUUGAACAAAAAUAAAUAAAUACUAAAUAUAUACUCGUGAAUGUAUUUUCCUUGUUUGAUGGGGUCUCAUCUGUUGUCAACGUCCGUUUUCAGGUGGAGAACUGUGGUACUCAAUUACGAUUGUUACCGUUGAAUAUAUAUACCGUUGCCUUUUGUUUAUAACAAUGUAAAUACAUAUUCAUGAUUCCAUAUUUAUCCAUUUGUAAUUUAAAUAUCGGUAAAAGUUCCGACAUUGAAAUGAUAUUUAUGUAAAUGUUUUCUAACAAGACUGUACAGUUUUGGAUCAUAACCUAAUAUUAAAAAAAUCUUAAAUAUAAAGCUCACAUAUUGCGAUUGUAUCUUUUUUAAAAUAUAUAAAUGUGUCUUGUUCUAAUAUAAAGAAAAUACGAAUUAUAUUAAUAAUGUGGAGUCAAAGUUGUCUAUAUAUGGAUUUAUUUCCGUCAACUCUGUUUUAGCAUGUGAGGCCGCUAAAGGCCUUUCUGUAGCCUAAAAUAUAAUUUAUGUAAAGCUGAAAUGUUUUCUUAUUUAUAAAGCGAUUGCAAAUUAUCGUGCAAGUAAUUCUCUGUCAGUACAAUUUUUCUUUAAGUCAGGUUCAGUUUAUUUGAUGUAUUUUUCUUCAUUAUUUAGGGUGUAUGGUAGAUAUCAAAUAAGCUUCAAACUUCAAACGCGCCUAGCUGGUUACUCAGCCAGUAAUGGGCAUGUGACCGAUUCGGUUUUUUGAAAUUAAGUUAAAAACACAUAUUUAUCAGAUAUAUUCCAACCGGAAUGAGUCACAUGAAUACUUCAAAUACUUGAGUGAAAAUUCCCCCAAUCUAAUAUCGAGUUAUUUAUGGUUACAGAAUCGACUGUCUUUGUGGAUGCAAAAUGUGUUUUAGUGUGUGCAUCAAUGUUGCAGCACAGUAACUUUAAUAAUAAAAGGUUUCUGUUUGUCUGUUUUGAAUUGUUGUGAAUGUAGUUGUGGAAAUAAGCUUGCUUUGUGCAAAAUAAUGUCGAUUGAUGAACGUGACAUUGAUAUUGAUAUUCGUAUUCAGGAGGAUAAACAAUACUGCUGGUGUUUAAUCCUGUGUAUUGCGCACGUAUAUUUUGCUUCGGAUUUUCUUACAUGUGCUAUAAUAAAAUAAUCACCCUUGAGCUAAGAAAAA